ACGACGAUUCGACGAACUCCGAGGCAUUUGGUGUAAAUCGUGGAAUUUGCCAUCUCCAACAGGUACAGCCAUUUCAUACUCACCGGUAUGAAAUACACAUCUGUCAAUUAAAAGUCAACGAGCAAGUUGCCAAUAACAAAUCAAUAUCCACCCCCUGAGGCGGUACCGACAUAAGUGACAUCAUUGCUGUAGCCUUGCAACACACCAGUCUUUUAAACCAAACUGUUGUGUGGAGUGUGGUGUCCUUCGAAUAUCCUGGAUAACACUGAAAUUGAUCUAUGUUGCACAUUUAGUUGGUUGGUCUGUGCAAUCUAACGAUGCUGUCAGUGGGCAAAGGGAUAACGAUUCGUGGCUUUCUGUGGGGAGAUUAACACAAGACUAAGGAUCAAUACCUCCCGAGACAAAGCUGUCGGUGUUGGAAGGAGGGUCAGUUGUUUGCAUCUCCAGCCGAUGGUAGUCCACUGCACCCUGGAGAGACUGGCCUGAAUAUAUGGGUCUUCCUUGCCCCCAAGCUGCAGCCAGUGGUGGCUAACACUAGCCGAAUAGUUAAUAUCGAAACUGAGUGAAAGGCACUUCUCUUUGAGUUGUGGAGGUCUUAGUCAGUUCCUCAGCAAUCACAGAUGAGGAGGAAGAUGGGAAACGUGUUGGAUGUACAGUCAUUACCUGACGAUGCUCUGGUCAAAAAGGUGGAGAAUGUCAAGCUCAUGGACCGCUUCAAUGCGAGGAAGCCCGUGGUUGGCACCCUCUACCUAACUACAACACAUCUAAUCUUUGUCGACAAUGCUGGCAAGCGAGAAACAUGGAUCCUCCACAUGCACAUGGGAAAUGUGGAGAAGAUGCCAAUCACAACCGGAGGCUCACCCAUCCAGAUACGCUGCAAAAACUUCAUGAGCAUCAUCUUCGUCAUCCCCCGUGAGCGUGACUGUCAUGAUAUCUUCACUUCCCUUCAGGAGCUGUCAAGGCCAGCUAACAUAGAGAAACUGUAUGCAUUCCACUUCCUGGUGUCGGACAAUACGACCAAGUCAUAUGGCUGGGACCUGUAUGAUAUACAGACAGAGUACCUACGUAUGGGGGUGCCCAAUGAGAACUGGUCCCUCACCAGCCUCAACAAGGAGUAUGAAUUGUGUGAUACAUAUCCCAGCCUGAUGUAUGUUCCUGCCUGUGCUGCCACACCGGUGUUGGUCGGCAGCUCCAAGUUCCGGAGUCGUGGACGUCUCCCAGUACUCUCGUACUUACACAGGGAAAAUCAGGCAGGAAUUACACGCUGCAGUCAACCGUUGGCAGGAUUCAGCGCUCGCUGUGUGGAGGAUGAACAGAUGCUGCAAGCCAUACUUAGAGCCAACCCGAAAUCUAAAUACAUGUAUGUGGUGGACACAAGGCCCAAGAUCAACGCAAUGGCCAACAAAGCAGCAGGGAAGGGAUAUGAAAACGAAAACUUUUAUUCCAAUAUCAAAUUUCAGUUCUUAGGAAUAGAAAAUAUCCAUGUAAUGAGAAGUAGUCUACAGAAGUUGUUAGAUGUCUGUGAACUAAAGAACCCAUCGAUGAAUUCCUUUCUAUCUGGUCUGGAGAGCUGUAACUGGCUGAAACACAUCAAGGCAAUGAUGGAGACGUCGGCUUUCAUAGCUCAUGCCAUUACUGAAGGCACAAGUGUAUUAAUCCACUGCUCUGAUGGCUGGGACCGCAGAGCCCAGACCUCUAGUCUUGCCAGCCUGAUGCUGGACCCUUACUACCGGACCAUACAAGGAUUUCAGGCACUGAUAGAAAAAGAGUGGCUCUCCUUCGGCCACAAGUUCACUGACCGGUGUGGCUUCCUGGACACUGUGGAUGCGAAGGAAGUGUCCCCCAUCUUCACCCAGUUCCUUGAAGGGACGUGGCAGAUGACCCAACAGUUCCCCUGUGCUUUCCAGUUUAACGAGAGAUUCCUGCUCACAAUCCACGACCACGCCUACUCCUGUCAGUUUGGGACUUUCAUCGGCAACUGUGAGAAAGACAGGCUGGACUUGAGGCUGAAUGAGAGGACCUACUCGCUAUGGGGCUACCUUGCCAAACACAUGAAUGAAUACAUCAACCCUUUGUUCAAGAAGGAGUACGAGAUUUCACACCCGGUGCUAAUCCCCAACACUCGACCACAGUGCAUAAAGUUCUGGAAGGGCAUGUACAACCGGUUCGAGAACGGGAUCCAUCCCCGGGAGCAUGUGCAGGACAUUCUGAGUGCAGCCAAAGAUCACAGCUCCUCUCUAGAAGAUCAUGUCAGACUACUGGAGAAGAGAGUGACGCAAAUCUGCAAGCUGCUGGGCAAAUCCGACGAGACCAUUCAGCGCAAACUUCAGGGUUUCCUGUCCAUGGAGUCGCUAGACGGGUUUCUUGCUGGCCACAUCGAUGAGUUGACAUUGAAAAUAGCAGAAGCUAACCACAACGACAUCGAAUCAAAAGAUGCCGACCUGUCCGGCAACCAUGUAAAGAGUGACUCAGAGUCAGGCUUUGAUGAAUCAAGUUCCCAGAUGUCCAGAUCGGGUUUUGACGAUGGUUAUGCUAUGGACAGCAGUCUGCUCCAAAGAUCCCCGAGUUCCGAGACACUCUCGCUGGAUCAGCUCCUCAUGGAGUUGAAAACAGUUGCUGUAGAGUGGAGGUCAUUCCGCAAUGUCCACAACUGUAGCUGUGCCACCCCCUUUGACCACUACGUCAAGAAGGAAUUUUCACUUAAGUUCCACUGCUGGAAGUGCGGUGAGGUGUUCUGUACGCGCUGCAUUGCCCGCUACAUCCCGCUCCCCGGACACUACUCUCGCCGGCCCGUCCCCGUCUGUAAGCCCUGCUAUCGACAAGUCCGACACUCGCCGUCAAUGGAGUUCCCCACCAGUUGAUGUCACCACCACUAGACCGACCCCGACAGCCACAUCCCUAGACCUGUGUAUCGUCUGUCACACUGCACUCCUCCCUAGAAUCCUACUGGCUUCAGUGUGCCACAACUGUGUACAGUAUUUAUUGAAGCAAAUGCUCGAUGUCAAUAGAUUAUUGAUGCUCUCUCAAUUACAAUGUGUAUAUGACGUGAGAUUUAAUAGAAUUGAAGAUGAUUUCAGGUUCUAAAUAUCAGAGUUGAGUUACUGUUUUGUUUGGUUGUGAUCAUGAAUGUACAUAAGGUAUAUAGAUUUUCCUCUCAAUCUUGUCAGGUACAGAUUAGGUUGUUGUGAGUCAGUCAGUGACUUAAGGGCACUGAUUGUAUGCUCCCCAGGGAGAUGAUAAUGAAUAUUGAGUGCACACUCAACUGACGGGUUAAUAAUGUCUACGCACUUAGAGCAUGCUUGGCAUACAGUGUUAUAGAAAAAGGAUUGUUAUUAUUAUUAAUAUCUCCACAACUCUUCUGACCAUUGGGUUGUUAACAUGACGAUCGUCCAGAGACAAGACACAGAUGUUUCGUCUCUAGAUCAGCUCAUCAACGUAUGUUUGUCAUUCACUCUCUAUCACCACAAUGAAUGUAACAGGGUCCUUUCUUAUCAUAGAGUCCUCAUUAGUGGUGGUCCGAUUAAUUGAAAUAAUCGAAGAUUGGUCGCAGUGACUAAACAACCAAGCAAUCGAUCAUGUUUUCUCAUAAUCGAACACAAACAAUUCUGGAA